AUGCAGAGCAACAGCAGCACCUCCGGACCCUUGACCGCUCUCAGUGUGUGCGGAGGAGAGGAGGAUGAACGCGAAAUCUCCAAACUGGUCAACCCCACAGGAGCAGCCUCCAACCUGGCCUCUUUUAACCUUUCACUGAACUGCUGGCUUCACAUCCUCUCUAAGGAGUCCUCUAUGGACCUGCAUGGAGACAGUGCAAACCUGGCAGUGCGAGUUCUCAUUGCUCUGGUCUACCUGGUGGUAUGUGUUCUGGGGCUUGUGGGUAAUCUCCUGGCACUCUUCCUGCUUCAUUCCCGCCGACGUGGCCACCACCACUCCGCCAUUGACUGCUUUGUGAUGAGCCUGGCACUGACGGACCUCCAGUUUGUCCUCACCUUGCCCUUCUGGGCUGUGGACACAGUGCUGGACUUCCGCUGGCCUUUCGGCUGGGUCAUGUGUAAAAUCGUGAGCUUGGUAACCACACUGAACAUGUACGCCAGCGUCUUCUUCCUCACUGCCAUGAGCGUGACCCGCUACCGUUCCCUGGUCACCUCUCUGAAGCCAGGCAGCCCUAGGAUUGCUACUACUCGUGCCAAAUGGGCCAGUUUAGCCAUUUGGGUGGUGUCACUGGUGGCUACUUUGCCUCAUGCUUUCUACUCCACCACAGUCCAGGUGUCUGCAGAUGACGAGCUGUGCCUUGUGCGGUUCUCUGACUCCGAUUCGGGCCAGUGGGAUCCACAAGUCCUGCUGGGACUCUAUCAGACACAGAAAGUCCUCCUGGGAUUUGUGGUGCCUUUGAUUAUCAUCACUGUGUGCUACCUCCUCCUCCUGAGGUUCAUCCUGAGCCGGCGUGUCGUAAGCAGCACGGUCAGCAGUGGUGUCACAGAGAGGUCAGAGUGUGAGAGGGGCCGCCACCGCCGCCGCUCCAAAGUCACCCGCUCUGUCACCAUCGUAGUCCUGUCCUUUUUCAUCUGCUGGCUACCCAACCAGGCUCUGACCCUGUGGGGGAUUUUGAUCAAAUUUGACUUGGUGCCCUUCAGUAAAGCCUUCUACAAUGCCCAGGCAUACGCCUUCCCCCUGACUGUGUGUCUAGCUCAUACAAACAGCUGUCUCAACCCGGUGCUUUACUGCCUGAUCCGCCAGGAAUACAGAGCAGGACUGAAGGAGCUUCUGGUCCGUGUGUCUCACUCCAUCCAAAACGUUCUCACGCUUGCUCUGAGGGGGAGGAGAGUAGAGGAGGCACCACACAGCUUGGUCAUGAUACACAAAGACAUCAACAUGUAA